CUCGCGCCGCUCCUCCAUCCCCCUCCCCGCCCCAAUCUGCCCGUGGCCUAUAAAAAGGGCGGCCGGCGGGGGGUCUCUCCCUCAGUCCGCUGCGGAGGCGAGCGGCGGUGCCUCUCCCGGGGGAGCGCGCGCUACCGAGACAGCCCGGCAGCCGCGGGUGCGACGGAGGAGGAGAGGGACGACGACGGCGGCGGCGACGCGGGCGACGCCUUGCUCCGUCCUGGUCUGAGGGCCUUCCCUGGGUCGUCCUCUGCGGGCGGCGGCGGCAUCCCCCCUCAGCGGUCCCAGCUCGUCUGGCCCGGCCGCCGGGCUGCGUCGGGGCCGCCUUCGAGGCCUUCCCUCCCCUGCCCGCGCGGCCGCCUCCCCCCUCCGCACAGGCGCCAUGAGCUCGGGCACGCCGUAUAUCGGGAGCAAGAUCAGCCUCAUCUCCAAGGCGCAGAUCCGCUACGAGGGCAUCCUCUACACCAUCGACACCGACAACUCCACCGUCGCCCUCGCCAAGGUGCGCUCGUUUGGAACAGAAGAUCGUCCCACAGACCGCCCUGCUCCUCCAAGGGAAGAAGUUUAUGAGUAUAUCAUCUUUCGAGGGAGUGACAUUAAAGAUAUCACUGUAUGUGAGCCUCCGAAAGCACAGCAUAAUUUGCCCCAAGAUCCUGCUAUUGUCCAAUCGUCUCUGAGCUCUGCAUCUGCAUCUUCUUUUCAACCUCAUGUGCCUUAUAGUCCCUUCAGAGGGAUGCCAUCCUAUAGUCAGCUUGCCGCCAGUUCCUUAAUUGGCCAACAGUAUGCUGCGUCCCUUGGUUUAGAGAAGCUGGUAAGCCCUCCAGCAUCAGCAGCUGCUUCCAGUCCUAGCACUUCUUCAUCUCCUCAGCCAGUUUCAGAGCCUGACUUGUCAUCAGAGCCACAUCUGCUGUCUUCUAAGGGUGCUGCUUUUCCAUCUGUUCAUUCAGUGCGCAAAAGCCCAAUGGUGGAGCAAGCUGUUCAGACCGGACCUCUCGAUAACAGCUUGAAUCCCAAAAAGACAGUCAAAGCUCCACCUGCGAUUCAACGCAACACACGUCAGAUUCAACAGAAUAACAAGACAAAUGAUAUAGUUGAACCACCACCUGUGCAAACGCAAGGGCAGGUGAAUGAUGAGAAUAGAAGGCCCCAGAGGAGGAGAUCAGGAAAUAGAAGAACUAGGAAUCGUUCCAGAGGACAGAAUCGGCCAGCUACCGUGAAAGAGAAUACAAUAAAGUUUGAAGGUGACUUUGAUUUUGAAAGCGCCAAUGCACAGUUCAACCGAGAAGAGUUGGAUAAAGAAUUCAGGAAGAAACUUAAUUUCAAAGAUGAUAAAGUUGACAUGGGAGAAGAAAAGGGCGAGCCUGCGGUGGCUGCUGAAAACUGUGAUGGCAAUCCAGAUGAAGAUCUGCUGGGGCCAAACUGUUAUUAUGACAAAACAAAAUCCUUCUUUGACAACAUCUCAUCAGAACUGAAGUCUAGUUCACGGCGUACAACGUGGGCCGAAGAACGGAAGCUCAACACAGAGACCUUUGGCGUAUCUGGGCGAUUUCUCCGUGGCCGCAGUUUUCGUGGGGGAUUUCGUGGUGGAAGGGGGUCUGGAGCUGUGCGGCGAAGUCAGGCUACUCCCAGGGUUGGCACUGGAAGAGUUUGAAUCCUGCAGAGUUUUCAAUCACAUUGCUAUGAAUCCAUGUACAUAGGAAGGAGGGAACAAUAAAAACUGCUGCACUUAAAGGAUGGGUGAAUGAAACAUUACGUUCACAAGCCUGAAUUCCGAGGAGAUUACUGCUAAAGUGUCACAGCAGGAUUGGAGCACUGGAAUUACUUCAGGAGUGCUCAGAAACCACCUCUGGUUCAAGAAGUACUUUUCUUUUUGGAUUUUUCUUUUUGGUGGAUGGGGGUCUUUUUAAAAGUAGUGCAAGAGACCUGUGCUGCUUCUAAGUUCCAGCCGCUGUUGUAGUUGAACACAGGGAAUGCUUGUUCUAAAGAAAGCAACGCAAUUCUAAAUUCUUCAAAAAUGAAACCAGCAGCUUAAUCCGGAGAGCCAAAUGUCUCCUGGUGUCCUUUUGUUCUGACUUCUAUGCCUUUCUCUUCACCUCCCUGCCCCUAUUCAAGCAGAUUGUUUUGAUGUCUAGAAACAAAUUCUAGUGCAAAAAUGUUGUGUGUGUGAUGUGGUGAUGGGAUUUGUUGCUGACCAUGUAUCUGUAAUUCUGACUUGCCACUUGAGAAAUACGAUUUCUCUGGAGCAGCUUUUGUCAACCUUAGUGACUUUAAGACGUGGGGACUUUCAACUCCCGGAAUUCCUUAGCCAACAUGGCUGGCGGGGGAAUUCUGGGAGUUGAAGUCCACACGUCUUAAAACUGCCAAGGUUGAGAAACACUGCUCUGGAGAAUUACAUUGCAGAGUUGCGUGGAGUGCUGGUCACCCCUCUCAAAAGAACUAGUAUCUCAACUGAUCCAGGAUAAAUGCCAUUCUCAACUUCCUAAUGAUGAGCCAUUCUGUCACUGCAAGUUUUCUGUAUGUGGAGGAGGCUAAAACUUACAUAAUGCCCUUGCAGCAAAUUUCGAGGGAUAUUUUUUCUCUCUGAUUUAAAGGGGAAAGCCCAAGCUUCAAGCAUUUACGUUCUCUCAAAAUGCAAAACAUGAUGUCUUACAGGAAGCUUGGGCAAUCAGUAUGUUCAGUUGCUCUUCUUAAUCUCCCCCAACUUUAUAAAUAGUUCAACUUUUUUGUGUUUUUAAAAUAGUUGAGGAUGAGCGCGCAGGGAUUAUAAACUUGCAUGGAAAUGGGUAAAGCCUUUAGUAAUAGGUUUGUGCCACUUUUGUUAUCUGUAGGAAUAUUCUGUUGAAAGGCUUCCGUAGUGGAUGCUCUCUCCCCCCUCCCUCCCCCCACCCCCACCCCCAUGGCUCCCCUAGGUCAUGCGUUAAGUUGGUGUAAAGCUUUAGUUUCUUUUGUAGGCCUUCAUCACAAAGGGUUACACAUUGUGGUGAGGUCACGUUAUGGAGUCAUGUAAAUUGUAAUUAUAAAUAAACAUGUAAAUGUUUAA